CUCCCCGCCGCGGCGGUUCCGGCGCGGCCGCUGUGACGCGGCGGCGGCGCCGGGUCCGGGCGGCGCGGCGGGCGGGCAGGGCGGGCGGUGGAGAUGGCGGAGUACCUGGCCUCCAUCUUCGGCACCGAGAAGGACAAGGUCAACUGUUCAUUUUAUUUCAAAAUUGGAGCUUGUCGCCAUGGAGACAGAUGUUCUCGAUUGCACAACAAACCAACAUUUAGCCAGACCAUCUUGAUUCAAAACAUCUAUCGUAACCCCCAAAACAGUGCACAGACGGCUGACGGCUCACACUGUGCUGUGAGCGAUGUUGAGAUGCAGGAACAUUAUGAUGAGUUCUUUGAGGAGGUCUUCACAGAAAUGGAGGAGAAAUACGGUGAAGUUGAGGAGAUGAACGUGUGUGAUAACCUUGGAGAUCAUCUAGUUGGAAAUGUAUACGUAAAGUUUCGCCGUGAAGAAGAUGCAGAAAAGGCUGUGAUUGACCUGAACAAUCGCUGGUUCAACGGGCAGCCCAUCCAUGCCGAGCUCUCGCCUGUGACUGACUUCAGAGAGGCUUGUUGCCGUCAAUAUGAAAUGGGAGAGUGUACACGAGGAGGUUUCUGCAACUUCAUGCAUUUGAAGCCCAUCUCUCGAGAGUUAAGACGUGAGUUGUACGGGCGUCGCCGUAAAAAGCAUCGGUCCAGGUCGAGGUCCCGUGAGCGCCGGUCUAGAUCCAGAGAUCGCGGCCGUGGCGGCGGCGGCGGAGGAGGCCGCGAGCGCGACAGGAGGCGGUCGCGAGACCGCGAAAGAUCCGGUCGAUUCUGAGCCAUGCCAUUUUUACCGUAUGUCUGCUAGAAAAGUGUUGUAGUUUGACCAAACAAAGUUCAUAAUGACGUUUUUUUUAAAGAUGGGCUUCUGAAUAAAAAAAUUUGUAGUGAUACAGUAUUCUUUGUGUAACUUGUUUCUUGUUGGGGGGGAGGUCUUUUUAACUGUCAUUCCUCUAUCUUGACAAAUACCUGGAUUAACUCUGCCUGAGGAAAAGGUGGUAAAUGUGUUGGAAGAGCGCCAGUUUUGGUUUGGAUUUUUUUUUUCCUUUUUUUUUUUUAAUUAUUCGGGUAUAAUUUGAACUGUUGAUGCAAAUGUAUGUGUAUAUAAUAUAAAAUAUAUUAUAUACAUAGUAAAAAUAAUAUACUGCUUAAGAAACAGUUACUCACAUAAAUUUCCCUUUUCUGCUAUGCUGUCUGCUUAUUUAGGUUAGUUUAGGCACAUUUAAGAGGAAGGCUGUGCGAAACGCAUUUAUUUACCGAGUAGAAACGCUUAGUUACAAAAAUGUAUGUUUGUUUGUUACCAGAAGUCUGUGCUCUGUCUAUCAAUGUGACUGUGGCAUUUACAAUAAAUCCAAUUUCUUGGUGUAAAAUCUAAAGCCUAUUUUCUAAGCACUCCGGAGUAGUUGAGUUGCUACUCCUGGCUGCCUAUUUUCUAAGCACUCUGGAGUAGCUGAGUGGCUGCUCCCAGCUGUGCCAGAGUUCAUAGUUCAGGUUUUUAUAAUUCUUGACUAAAUUCCUUGUCUUUGGCUGGAAAGAAAGUUGCCUAGUGUAGUGUGGAAAAAAAAGUAAUAUUUUUAUUGCGGUGAUUCGUAAUAGGCAGGUGAGGGUUUUGUGAAAAAAGAAACCACCAAAAUUCUGCUCCAUGCAACAUGAUACAGAAGUGCUAUUGAAGGAAAUGCAAGGUCCUAAAUACAAGGAUUGAAUUUCUUAGCUAAUUGAUAUUUUUUUUUCAAUCUAUUCUCUCUUACCUGUCAUGUAAGAAGAAGCAUUUUGUUAGUGUUCAAGGUCAUAGGAAACUAACUGGAUGCUAGUGGAAAAUAAAUCUUUUUUUCCACCUUUUACUUGCUUUCUGAUAGUCUGGAGGGUGAUAAUGGUCAGUUUUCACUUUCUUCACAAAUUGUUUUUCUGAGCUUGAAUUGCACAAUCGCUGAACAUCGCAGGUUGUGUCUCAAAGCGUUAAAGCUCCAGUGGAAAUGUUGGAACAUCUUCAGAGGCAGUUGGUACAAAGGCUGAGUUGCAGUUUCACCUCAUUCAUGUCUGCUGUUAUUCAAAGUGUAACACAGCAAGAAGUUCUGGUCAGUGAUCAUAUUUCUGCAAGAUAUGACUUUAUGUGCACAAAGCUGUGUGAUACCAUGCAGUUUUCCAGUGGGGGAAGGAAUUUAUUAGAGCUUUAUUAGUUCUGAGCCAGAUAACUUGCUGAAUGAUGAAUCUGCAACGUGAUGAUUAUUAAAUAAAAAGAAAAAAAGGAAAUAGAAGGGAUAUGGAUUCAUCACAUAGAGGCAAAGAGAAGCUGGUUUGUUAAUCUAAGUAUAAAACCAUUUUGCUCACUGGAACAUGGAAAACAAAAUAACAUUGAAAAACUAGCUUUUUUUAAAUGAAUCUUCUUUGCUUAUUACAACUCAAUUCCUGCACCAGUUCAGUUUGAAUUCAUUUUGUUUCCACUGGAUGGUUUGGCCAACCACACUGUGGAACUUCAGUUUGCCAGGAAGGACCCUUUUUGGAGAAAUACCACUCAAGCAGUUGAAGCUUGACGUCUCCACGUGAUGUUCUGUUAAGUCUGUAAAGGAAAUGAUGCUUUCUUUCUACUGUAAGAAAUUGAACAGUGCCUGGCAUUAAAUGGCUGAACUGAAAUGUAUUUCUCCUAGGCAUUAGCAAUUUCAAAUUGAUAAUUCAGUUCUUGCUGUUUAUGGGAUAUUAAUCCUGUUGCUUUUCUUUUUUUUUUUUUUCUUCAGUGAGAUUCAGGAUUAUUAGUGAGCUAAUUCAAAUCUUAAACUCCAAAAGGUGAGGAUAGUCUUUCUGUUUUGUUUUUCUUCAAACAGUAUGAAGUACAAAGGGAAUACUGUUUAAAAGGUUUAAGAUCAUUUUUACACAGAUUAAUGACACAAACUGAUUUGCCCUAUAAACAAGUUAGUCUAAAACAAUACAAAUGUGUCCCUGUAAUGGCUUUAAUCUGUUUAUCUAAACCCUGUUAGUCUGCAGGUAUAUUUUUGCAUGAACAGAUAGUGGAAGGUUGAUUUCUCUCUCUUCCCCAAUACCAUUUUGCUUAAGAAAGCACUCCUGAAUUCCACCAAAUGUGUAAUUGUAUGAUCUGAUUGCGUGGCUGCCCAAAAAUUAGCAAUGUAACUGGAACACAUCAGGAUGGGCACUGCAAGCUGUGGAUUUUACUGGAUAUUCUAAUGGGUGCCUAGUGACAGCAUUCAGCAUAUAAACUAAGCUCAUGACAUAUCUUGUUAGGUUCACGUUUCAGGACUGUACUACCAGCAAAGUUCAUCAAAUUUGAAAUUUAAAUUACUCCAAUUUGGUUAAACAUUUAUAUGUGAUAAUCCCAGAAGUGGAAAUUCUACCUCCCCCUUCUCUUGUUGCUCACAAUGUCUUUAAGAUUUAUUUUUUUCCCCUCCUCCCCAAGGUACCUACUUUCCAAAUAUUUCAUUGUUGACUCUUUCUGUUGAACAGUGGAUCUUAAUUUAUGAAAUUCCUUUACCUCAAAUAAGGGACAGCAUACAGGAUUUUCUGAAGUCUGAGUCAAUUAGGUUGAAACUGUUCAUCCCAAGUGGCUUCCUCUUCUUUGUAUUUGGCUCUUAUUCUGUGAAAAUGCUGCUUGUCCAUGAAUAUGAUGUAUGUUGAGACUGUAAAACCAAAUGGAGAAAACUUGUUCAAAAUAAAGCCUUUUUUUUUAUAAGA